UGACCCAUGGUCACAGAGGAGCGGGGCCCAGUCCUGCGCCUGACAGAAACGUCCCGAGGAGGACAUCAUGCAAAACUGCAAAGAAUCUGCAGGACAAAGAAUUAUUUUUACAGGGCCGGAUGGUAUCGGUGACUACCGCCCGAGGUUCAAUCAGUCCCCAUAUGUGGGAGUGGGCGCAUUGUCCCCUGGGGCCACAAGCAACCUGUCUUACCUGUGGAGGGCAGCCCCGGAUGCGCCCCCACCUUUACCCAAGAAUGGCUACGUGGGCGAAGUGGGUUGGUGCUGGCAGUACAAUUCAAUGUUGAACCACAACACACUACGCAGUGGCCUGCAAAUUAGGAAAAGCAUCACACGAAUGGAAGUAGAGGAGCAAGCAAGCUACAAGUUUUUGCAGCAAUCAGAGAAGAUGACCGCUAAGCAGAAAACUCAAAACAGAGACUGGCAGUAAAAUGGCAAGCAGGACCAGACACUGGAUGAUUAAAAUUAAAUACUACUAAUGUUCUUUUCCUUUAACACCAAAAUAUAGAGACACAUGGCCCAGUUUGAUGGCUCAUUUUAUGAUAAAAGUGUUAAUUCAGGACAGAGGGGACUUCUUAUGUAUAUAGAAACAUGUCUAUUUCUGUGGACAUUGUUAUCAUACUGUAUGUACAUAUACCAUACUGUACAACCACAUCACGAUUGUGUGACGCCUUCAAAAUAAAGUUGUGAUGGGCUGAAAA